AUGAGUGAACUUAGUAAAUAUCCAACAGGUUCUCUCUCAAUUAAAUUCUUUUCACAAGUAACAGAAAAAAGAGUAUUAGUUAAGAGAGUUAGAUUAAUAGCAAAUAAAGAUUUACAAAUGUGCAUUUCAAAAGAUUUUGUUGCACUUCUUACAAGUGGAACAUAUGAAUUAAUUGAAGUAUGGGAAUGGCCAAGUAUUACAGAAAUUUCAUGUACAGAAAAUGCAGAUGAAUUUAUUGUUAAAGUUAAUGGAAAAAAACAAAAAUUAAUAUCAACUGCAAGAAGUUAUGUUAUUUGUAUACUUCAAGAAUAUAAAUAUAAAGUUAAACCAACGAAUUAUAUGUCAUUUUCAGCCGAAAAAAUAUAUAAUAAUGGGAAAAUUAAAGAAGUUAAUAUUCAAAUACGACCAUAUGGAAUAGUUGAAGUAGCAACAAGUCAAGGAAAAAAAGAAAAAGUAAUAAUGUUUUGUGAUAUUAAAGAAAUAUGUUUAUGUACUGAUUCACAAGGAGUUGCAAUUAUUAAAGAAGGAAAUGAAAGAAUUGUAUAUUCAUUUAAUGAUAGAGGAAUGGCAGCAAGUGAAAUUGUUAAGAAAUGUGAUGGAGUUGGAAUUAAAAUGACAAUUAACUCAGAUUUAACAAUGGAAGAAGUAUUUAAUGGGUCAAAUAUUAAAAAGGCAGAAGAAGAAGAAGGAGGGUCAUUAGUAGAAAUCAAAGCUAAUCAUGGAAUUGGAAAAAGAGAAAAAAUCAUAUGUUUUACAGAAAUGUGGUUUGUUGAAAGAGAAGCAAGUAAUUAUACAGUAACAUUUGCAAAACCACUUAAUGAAAUAAUCCAUAUAUUAAGAGGACAAGAUGCAAUGGAAAUUAUUAUUACAUUUAGUGAUGGAUUACAAAAACACUUUUUUACAACACAAAGAGAACAAUUUAUUGCAUCAUUAUUUGAUUGUGCAAUUGCAGCUAAAGCUGAUCCUAUUAUUUCAGAUAUUCCAAGAUUUGGGUCAUUAAUAAUUGAAAGAAUGACAAUAGCAGAAAGUGGACAAAUAGAAACAUCUAUAUUAAAGAAUUUAGCUAAUUUUGAUGGAAGUAAAAUAGUUGAUUUAGAAGCAAAAGAAUUAUUUAUGGUAUUUGUAUUUUUAUUAAAUAAUAAUACAAGUAUUAAUGGACCACAAAUUGCAGAUUCAGGAAGAUCUAAAUUAAUUGGACAAGCACUAGAAAAAAUGAUAGUAUAUGGGAAAGCAGGAGAAGGAUUUUUACAAUGUGUUUAUAGAUUAUUAUCAACAAGAAUGGGAUAUGAAACAUUUGUACAAAAUAAAAAUAUAAUGGAAAAAUUAGUUGAAAUUAUUGGAAAAGCAUUAGAAAGUGUUAAACCAAUUAUAUUAUUUUGGGGAUUAAGAAUUUGUGGAUUAAUGUUAUGUUCUACAGCAGAAGAAAAUACAGAGAAAAAAGGGAAAUUAGCAGUAAUGAAAUUAGGAUUACAUGAAAAAAUAUUUAAUACACUUAAAGAAAAUAUUAAAAAAGGAAGUCCAUUUGUAAUUUAUGGAUGUGUUACAACACUUAAAUAUAUUGUUUGUGAACCAUAUUCUAAUACUACCGAAUUUAAUAUGUUUAAUCAAACAAUGAGUUUAAUUGGAAGUUUAGGAAGAGAUUUAUUUAUGCUUUUUCAAUCGCCAUGUAUUUCUAUUCCACAUAUUGCAGGACAAAUGUUACAAACACUUGUAGAAGAAACAGAUAUGGAAGAAAAAAUUAAAGAAUUACAAGACUAUGCAUUAUUAGAAGGAAUUACAUUACAAUAUUUCUAUACUGCAU